AUGGGGGCAGCACUAAAAAAAUAUUAUUGUGAUUUUUGUAAUCGUUAUUUUAAUGAUGACAAAAAUACUAGAGCAAAGCACGAAAGUAGUGUUAGUCAUAUUAAUUUAAAAAAAGAACAUUAUAAUAUGUUUAGAGAUCCAGAAACCAUUUUAAAAGAAGAAACCGUCAAAAAACCAUGUAGAAAAUUUCAUAACGAAGGCUUCUGCUCCUUUGGUGGAUCAUGUACAUUUUCUCACUAUUCUCAAGAAGAUUUGGAUAAAAUCAGGCAAGAAAUAUUUAUAAGUAAUAGUUUUAAUUUUGACAAUCUUACCAUUGAAGACUGGCUUGUGAAAUAUAAUCGAGAAUUAGAAGAAAAAAAUAUUAAAAAUAAUAAAUUAUUGUGGAGCAGUGAACUUCCCCCAGAAUUAUUAUUAAACGCACAAUUGUUACCCCCAUCAUUAUUACCCUUUCCUAUAAAGAAUAUAAUUGACAUUGAUUUAGAAACAUGGGGAUAG